CAACUCAAGCUCUCCAUCCACACACCACACACCCACUCCCUCCAACGUCGACGUAUCUCCCGGCCACUAUCCAUCUCCCAGCUCACCUAUAUCCAACCACCCACACGCCUCCAUCCUCACACGCCUCAACCCAGCCCCCAAGCGCAAGAGCGCCCCUACAACCCACACCCUCCCGCCAAACCCCCCAACACCCACCCUCACCAUGGCGCGCAACAGCGAAAAAGCGCAAUCGAUGCUCUUCCGCUUCCGCGCCGCGCAAGCCGCAGACCUGGGCAUCCUGGACAUCGCGCGCACGCGCCGCCCAAAACUCAUCACGACCAUCGACAGCAUCCCCGUGUGCGAGAAGUGGCGCGGGCAGGUGCUCAAAGAGAUCUCGCGCAAGGUCUCCAAGAUCCAGGACACGGCGCUCUCCGACUUCCAGAUCCGCGACCUCAACGACGAGAUCAACAAACUCAUGCGCGAGAAGCACAUGUGGGAGGUGCAGAUCCGGAAUCUGGGCGGGCCGAACUACAUGCGCGCCGGACGGGUGCUGGAUGAGGAGGGCAGGGAGGUGCCGGGGGGCGGGAAGGGGUAUAGGUAUUUUGGGAGGGCGAGGGAGUUGCCCGGGGUCAAGGAGCUGUUUGAGGCGCAGAAGAGACCGGUGGAGGGCGAGGGGGAUGAGAAGGGGAAGGAGAGGAGGGAGAUGCGGAUGAGGGUGGAUGCGGGGUAUUAUGGGUAUAAUUUGGAUGAGGAGGAUGGGGUGUUGCUGGCGUAUGAGAAGGGGAGGGAGGAGGAGUCGAGGAGGCGGUUUCUGGAGGAGCGGGAGGAUGAUACUGGCAGGAAAGGGAGGAAAGAGUGGGUUGAGUUGCCGGGCGACGCGGGAGAUGGGGUCGGUUGGAGGUUGCCGACCGUGGACGAGGUACAAGAUGAGUUGGUGGAGCGGAGGAGACGGAAGUUGUUGGAUAAAUUUGCUUGAGAGUGGUUCAAGACGAUGUCAGUCAGAGGAGGGUACUUGGAGAGAUUGAGCAUAAAACACACUCGGGAAGAAUGGUCAUAUCGGGCUGAGAAGGGCUAUGACAUUGUACUAUUUAAAAAUUGAUACCACGAGAAUACGAGGA